CAACCACCUAGCACUAGCACAGGCGUCUAGCUCCGUUUGACAGGCGACUGGUGUGCCUAACGUCUUUUGAGUCGAGGAAAGAGCACGUUUAGAAGACACUUUUCUUCUCUUAUAGUUUUACAUCACAAACGCCAUCAUGUUUGAGGAGGCGAGCGAAGUGUUUGAGAACAUGUUUAAAUCUUCAUUUCCUUUAACUUUCAUUGUAUUUUUGCCGGCUGUGCUGAUCUUGGUGUCACCACUUCCAGCUGAGGCGGCUCAUGAAUUCACUGUCUACCGCAUGCAGCAAUACGACCUACAGGGGCAGCCUUACGGUACAAGAAAUGCGAUUUUAAAUACCGAAGCUCGGACGGUGGAAGCAGAAGUGUUAAGUCGCCGUUGUGUGCUCCUACGACUAGCAGACUUCUCCUAUGACAAAUAUCAGAAGGCUCUUCGACAGUCAGCCGGAGCUGUCGUCAUUAUCUUGCCCAAAAACAUGUCCACCAUGCCGCAGGACAUUGUGCAGCAGUUCAUGGAGAUGGAGCCAGAGCUCCUUGCCACUGAGACGAUAGUGCCGGUGUACUUCGCUCUGGAGGACGACGAGCUGCUGUCCAUAUACAAGCAGACUCAAACCUCCUCGUCGAACCAAGGGGACUCAUCUGCAGCCGAAGUGUUGCUGCACACGGCAACCGCCAAUGGCUUUCAGAUGGUCACCAGCGGGGCACAGAGCAAAGCAGUGAGCGACUGGGCCAUCACCAGUCUGGAGGGACGUCUGGCUGGAGUUGGAGGAGAGGACCUGCCCACCAUUGUCCUGGUGGCGCAUUACGAUUCCUUUGGAGUGGCACCGUGGCUGUCCUAUGGAGCUGACUCCAAUGGCAGUGGAGUGUCUGUUCUUCUGGAGUUGGCUCGCCUCUUCUCCAGACUCUACACAUACAAGAGGACACAUGCUGGGUACAACUUGCUGUUCUUUGUCUCUGGAGGUGGCAAGUUCAACUAUCAAGGCACCAAGCGCUGGUUGGAAGACAACUUGGACCACACAGACUCCAGCCUGCUGCAGGACAAUGUAGCGUUCGUCCUGUGCCUGGACACACUGGGCAGCGGAGACGGCCUUCACCUGCACGUCUCCAAGCCCCCCAAGGAGGGCAGUCCACAGCACGCCCUGCUCAGAGAACUGGAGACGGUUGCAGCCAGCCAGUACCCUGAUGUAAAGUUCUCCAUGGUCCACAAGAAGAUCAACCUGGCGGACGACACGCUGGCGUGGGAGCACGAGCGCUUCGGGAUCCGCCGUCUCCCGGCCUUCACGCUGUCGCACCUGGAGAGCCACCGGCACGCGCUGCGCGGCAGCAUCAUGGACAUGCGGUCAGUGUCCCCCUCUCAGGACGGGGCGGGAGAGGUGACAGCUGGGCCUCAUGUGGAUCUGAAAAAGCUGAGCCGUAACACCAAGCUGAUAGCUGAGGCGCUGGCCAGAGUGGUCUACAACCUGACAGAGAAGGGCGCCCCAGGGGACCUCCAGAUAUUCACAGAGCAAAUGCAGGUGCAGGAGGAGCAGCUGUCGUCGGUAGUGGACUGGCUGGUGGCCCAGCCCCGCGCUGCUCAACUGGUGGACAAGGACAGCAGCCUGGUCAGCACGCUGGAGUACUACCUGGCCCGCUACCUCAAGGACGUCAAGAGGCACUACGUCAAAGCAGACAAGAGAGAUCCGGAGUUUGUGUUUUACGAUCAGCUGAAGCAGACAAUGACUGCAUACAGAGUGAAGCCAGCCAUCUUCGAUCUCCUCUUGGCAGUCUGCAUCGCUGCCUAUCUGGGAGUUAUGUAUCUCGCUGUACAGAACUUUGGCAUGCUCUACAACACUCUGCGUAGAGUUACCCAACCCAAGGCUGCGAAGCAGCACUAAGGAGCUGUGUGUGUAUGCGUGUGUGUGUGCGCUCAGGAUCGACGUUUUGUCUUUUUGUUGUUUUGUUUUGUUUUCCUCCACUGAAACUGGUACUAGCACCAGUACCAUCCCCUGGUGCUGUGUUACCUCUAAACGGAGCUCUCCAAGCUGAUAUAUGACCUUCCAGCUCCCAGGAUCCUCUUCCUCCUCCUGGAGGGAUUUUGGAGCCAUUUUUAACCGUAAUGACUUGUCCCCCCUUCCUCCCCCUGGGACCUAUACUACAAAGCUAGUUCAGAAGUAAACCAGGAUAAGUUUAGAGGUAAAUCACCUAAUAGGAGAGUCUGGAGUCCUCAUUUUCUUAAGAAUAUGAGGACUCCAGGCUUUUCUAUUAGAUUAGUUACCUCUUAAAGGUACAUUGUGCGGGAAAUGGUCAAAAAAGGUACUGAAACUAUGCUGCUCAUUGAAACUGGGUUGCAUAUUGCCAAAUUUGAUCUUUUCGUGAAAGUUUAUUAAGUAAUAAACUAAUAUUUUCUAGUAUGGCCCAAGUAGAGUCAUUUUUUUGCAGCUAAAAAUGUCUAUUUCCGGAAAUUCAAAAUGGCGGACCAUGGAGAAGAUCCCCCUUUUCAUGUACUUUAUGAAAAGUGCAAUUUUCCCAGUCAUGAUGAAUACUUUUUGAUAGUGGUGAUAAGUAUUCAUGAAAAAGGUAACAUUAGUUAAUGAGUAGCAUGAAUUCUGGAAAUAAACAACUAAAAAUCUUGCACAGUGUACCUUUAACUUAACCUGGUUUACUCCCGAACCAGCUUUGUAGUCUAGGCCCCUGAUGUGCCAGGAUCAGGUUAAGUGUCUUCCUCUUCUCCACUGCCAUGUGUGUCUCCUUGUUUGUUGUUGUCUGUCAUUGUUUGUUUGUUUACUCGCUCGCUCACUCGCUCUCAUUUUGCUGUCUUAGUUCUCCAACAACUUUCACAAGCCAAGUUUUCAGAGGGUGGUCUUUCUCAGGCAGCUAAGAUGAGCUUUUUACUGUGUAGGUCAGGAGAACCUUAUUUUUGGGACCUUAACUACUGAGAUGAAGUCUCUUAAACCCGCCUUUUAUGUUUUGUCCUCAAAAUGAGGUGGAAAUGUGCAUUUCUGUUUGUUUUUUUCCCCUCCCUCCCCUCCAUUUGUGCCCCAGAUGUUUUUAAAACCUGGCAAUGGUAUGGAAUCUUCAUAGGCCAUUUAGAUAUUUACCUAAAGCUCAUGUUUUAGGUUGUAUCCUAAACUUGGGAUGUGUUGCUGUGAAAAUGACUUGUGAUGGGAGAUGAUUUUCCUGCAUAUUUUAUAAUAUGAAGAGAUUAAGUAAUGUGUCAAAACUUGAAGCGGACCUCACAGUUGAUUCUGAAAUGUAUGCAGUGUUCUAAUGUUUAGCUUUUUUUUUGUCUGAAGGGAGUAGCAAGAUCUUUCGGGCAUGCCCACGGUUUCAUAAAAAUGAAAUAAAACAUUCAUGUAGUUGAGUUCAUUACUUGUGAACAUUUCGUCACAAGAGGAAUACUGUGUGGUAGUAGUUACAGAAACCUCUGAAUCCCACUUCACACUGUAAUUUGGUGACACAUCUGACUGCUGUUCUCAUAACAUCGAUUUUGUAACAUGAAUGAAUGAAAGAAUGAUAAAAAAUAAAGAUGUUAAAUAAAUAUCAGAAACAUUUUUUUUUUUUUAUUUCAUUUUUAAUUUAAUGGGUAAACAAUACAAUAACACUGGUUUCAUGGAAUUAUUAAAACUGUUUCAUUACAAAAGAGAAAGUACCUGCCAUACCCAAGUGGUCAGAUUUAGUUUAGAAAGUGGUCAGAUUAUGAUCCUUCAUAUAAUAUAAGAGAGGGGGGGGGGGGGGGGGGAGACGACGGAUUCUGGAGUUUAAAAGUGUCUGGUCCAAGUUUUAAAUAGAAGAAGGAAAUAAAAACAGUUAAAACACACAUUGUCCUUGAUCCAAAUCCUCUUGAAACUCAUUCAUAAAAAUCCCCUCAGAAAUUUUCCCUAUUUCCUAAUGAAUAAUACAAAUAAAAGUAAUAAAUUACAGUGCAAUUUGUAAGAAACACCUUCGGGACGGCCCCUAAGUCCUACUUAUUUCUUCCCUGGUCACUGUCAUAACACUUCUCAGUGGUUUACAAGUUUGUAUUUGGCACGUUCUCUAAAGAUAUACACACACUUAUCAAAGGAAAUGCAUAGGUCCAGAAUUUUGUUUGCCAAAAAAAAAAAUCCACUUUUUUUUUUUUAAUUCUCCUAACUUGGACGGAAUCAUGUUCAGAUGCUAACAAAUCAAAUCUGCCAAUUGUACUUACUUUCUGCAAAGUAAAAAAAAACAAAACAAAGAAACGCCUUCAACACAAAGACCCAAACAGAUCAAAUUGAGUGCUAAUUAAUUAAUGAACUAUUACAAUUGAUGCGAUAUUGUCCCCUGUGGUGCGUCUGUGGGACGCUACCGUCAGGAGACGGGUAGAGACCAUAGAAAGUGCACGCUGUGUGGACAGUACCAUGGUAGACAAAGGGCACCUCAUCUGUACAAACAGUGAACCAAUGCAUACAAUAGGAGACGGGAACAAGUCAAGACAACUACAGUGUUCUCAGAGAGAG